AUUAAAAAAAUCACAAAAUCAAAUUGUAAAGAUUAAAAAAAUCACAAAAGAACAACCAAGAACCUACCCGAAGAGCCUCUUCGUCCAUUUUUUGGCGAAAGCCGGACAAAGGUUUGGGACGGGGGCUUCUUAUCUCCAUUAAAUAAAAGCGGUUAUUGGUUCCCUGCACUUUCACCGUUUUACUCAGCCGCGGUGAAGCGUUCACCGUUUCAUCAAAACGCGGUGAUUUGUUCACCGCGUUCGUCAAAAACGGUGAUGUUGUUCACUGCCUUUGACAAAGGCGGUGAUUGUGAAACAUGUGUAGAUUGAGAAUUUUUUUUAUAACUUAUGUAUUUUGGGAAUUUUUUUUAAUUACUAGUGUAUUUUGGGAUUUUUCCUCAUAUUUCUCGUGUUUUGACUAUUCUUCAACUAGUUAAAUUUGAUCUUUCAAUUAGUUAGACUCAAUUUCUCGUUCUUCAUUAACUGUUUCCUUUUAAUUGUAAAAUAUAAAUUUUACGUUUUUUUUUCAAAUAACAUGUAAAAGUGAUUGAACGACUCAUACCCUAUAUUCGCAUUUCGCACGAGUAUUAUCCACCUUCACCCACACAAACUGCGGCCUGCGGAAUGCGGAUUGAAUAUGGGUAUUAAGUAUUGACCCACUUCACCCCAUUGCCAUCGAAGAAAAAUCGAAAUAUAGUAUGUGGCGUUACAGUCGUUUGAUAAAACAACUGCCCUCGCCCAAAAUACCGUCAAAAUCUGUCCACCGAUCUGCCUCCGUUUCUGGGUCAAAUAACAGCAGCCGGAGCAUUUCUACUAUGCUAUAAAGUAUUGGUACUUUAAUGUACAACUUAAAGUUGUACCAUAACGUUAAAUGUACAAGUUCAAGUUGUACCAUAAAAGAAUAUGUGCUCUUAUGUUAUGGUACAACUUUAUAACUUAAACUUGUACCAUCAAAUGAAAGUACAAGUUUAAGUUGUACCAUAAAACAAUUUGACAAAAGAGUAUAGGUACAAUCUGAAGUUGUACCAUAACGUUAAAAGUACAACUUCAAGUUGUAUCAUAAAGGAAAAACCUAUAGCACCAAUACUAUAUAACAUUGUAAAAUUCCUCACAGCAGCCGUUGGAUAGCUUUCGUGAUUUGUCCUACCUUGAAUACUUCUCCUAAUCCCAUUCGUUUAUCAUCUCAGAGGUCGGUAUGUUUCUUCCAUAUAUAUGCCAUCCAUAGCUGGCGCCAUAUUUGUCGAUUCCGAGCUUCAAUCUCGUUGAGAAUAUGUUCGAAGCGUGGGAUCUUCCGUUCUAUAGAUCAGCCUCUUGGCUAUGGCUCCCCUACCACUAAUCUUCCAGCUGCAGCUCCCCUGUUCGAUUCAGCGGGAGGAUUCUAAGUCCUGGUAGAUUUGCAGGUGUUGUCUUGUUCCUGACAUGGAUCUGUAGAUCUCAACCUGUUAAUGCCUCCAUAAACUUGCUUCCACAGAGGUACGUAUUAUUUUCUGUGAGGGGUUUUCAGCUUGUUUGUAGAUCCGUUCCUUUUUAUUUUCGUUUACAAUUUCUUCGAGGUCUCAUUCAUUCGAAUCCGAAAUCAAUAUUUGAGCUGGAUUUGAUAUUUUGAUUGUCGCUUUGUGUUCUUGGUGAUUUGGUGUUGACGGAUUCGAAUUAGAGAUGUGUAUUGUUGUUUGCUUCUAUUGGAGAUUGUGUGCAUAGGUAGGAGUUUUCCUGGCCUAAUCGAUUGGUUAUUUGUUUUUGUUAUCUUUAGGCACUUUGUCCUCCUGCUGUGGCUUCUGGGCGAGCUGGAGGGAGACACAAGGAGCUUGGGUUAUGCUGCGACGGGUAAUCGGUGUACAUCUGCUGGUGGUUGCCUUGCCAUCUACAGAUCGAUGUCCAAUUCAACCAUCUUCAAUCUAUCCGAAGCUGGAUGGCCUCGCGAGGGUUAUUACCGAUGCGAAAGGGCCUGUUCAAUUAGGUUGUAAAAAGGGACUUCAUCAACUGAUCUUGGGCAAUGUGGCGAGGUUGUGCUGCUUCUUCAUGUUGGGUAUGGAGGAUCCUUUAGCUGCUGCUUUGCUGGAUGCUGUUGUGAGAUCUGUAUCAGUAGUGGCAUCAGUUAAUAUGGGGAAAUAUGAUGUAUACCUGGUUUCUGUGACGAGCCGGUGGAUUAUAUGAUGUGUACUGGACAUAAUGCUCAUGUUCUUGCUUGGUGACGGAACGUUCUCUACGAUUCUGUAAAAGCUGGAUGGUUUCAAUGCAUUGGAGAUGUUGUCUCCUAGCAGAGUGCAAACUAUGUAGUCAUGUUACUUCCAGUUCUGCCAUCAUGUGGUUCAGAGAUGGUUAAAAUUAGUUCAAGUCGUCAAGUGGCAUGCCUCCAUCUAUGAAUAUUGCAGUUCCUUUUGUAUGUCCUCAAAACAGAAUUCCAAUUUACAACCUUUGAUCGGUGAAAUUCUUGUUUAGUCCAUUCGUUGAGUGCACAGUUGGAGGAAAAUCACAUGUUCUGGGAUCAUUCUUGUAGACUGGAUGCUCAGAUGUGAUUUCUCUCGGAAAGUUCUCCAGUAAUGAUCCCUCGUGGGUUGGGCGCAUUAGCGGUUUAUUUUCUUGUUGAUUAGUUCAUUGCAUUUGAGCUGUGUCUUCAUUUCCUUUGGUUCUGGUUGUUAGUAGAGUUGAAUAUAAUGGUGCAACAGCGUAUCCUUGUCGGUUGAAGCUGCGACACACUAAUGUUUUGGCUCUCGCUGUUCAUCCAGGUCAAUGCAUUGUUUUCCUAGCUCCUUGUCCUUCCAUGUAUGUUUCCUUCGUUUAGUUUACUUGUCUGGCUGGUAUGCUAGCAUGCUAUUAAAAUCUGGUAGUGUCUCUUGAGAAUCCGGUAGCACGAGUCCCCCGGUUUCCUGCGUCUUUUUCCCUCUGCUUAUUCUGAAAACGGUACGGUUAAAUUGGUGUUGGGUUAUUUUCUCUGGGUAUUCGAGGGUGCCAUGUUGGUGAGUUGUGAUUUUAGGGAGAGAAGAAGGGUCUGAUGCUCAACAGUUAGUCGCGAGCAAAGUGUCGAUUGUGGCUAAUGAUGAGAGUUAGGGGCAGUUGCAUAUAUUGUAAACUCUAGCGGCAGCGGGGAACAAUCAGUUCCUGUUACUCGUACCCGCGGGGUGCAUUUUUGUUAAUUGUCAUCGCGUAUAUCCAACCGAUAGUAUGUUUUUCUAACUGCAUAGCCGAAGCCUUGCAAAUAAACCUCUGCAAGCAUACACAUUUAUCUGAAAGAGUCUGGUUAUGGGUCGUGUGACAUGCCUAGCGAUGGAUCCAUAAGCUCAAAACGGAUAGAGCGUCCUAAAGCCUAUUAGGCUCUGGAAGGAUGGUGGUUCGAAUCCACCUGGGUCCUGAUUCUAUGGUUUCCUUUGUCUGAGUAACAAUUUGAUCUAUUUAGUUGAAAAGUCCAAUAGUGGCGGGCAGCAAGUAGUGAUGGCAAUGGGUCGAGAUGCGGUGGGUACCUCAAUACCUAGCCCCGCCCCACCUUAGUACGGGUCGGGGCGGGUAAUACCUGCGCGGGAAUGGGUCGGGGCUGGUCGACCCACUCUUACAUGUUAUUUGAGAAAAAUACAUGGACAAUUUUACUUUUUAUGAUAAAACGAAGGGGAAAAUACUCGAUGAAUGAAUAAUAGUGAUAAUAUAAUAAGUAAUUGAGUCUAUUUAGUUGAAAGAUCAAAUCUAAAUAGUUGAAUAAAAGUUCAAAUAGGAGAUAUAUGAAUGGAUGGGGUAAAAAAUUGAAAUAGAACGGGGUAAGAAUGGGGCGGGGCGAGGCAGAGCGGAUCGAAAGUUGAUACUCAUGCCUCGCUCCACGCUAAUGCGGGUCGGGUAAUACCCGCCCCAUCACGGGUCAGGUCGGGUAUUACCCAAAGGGACGGGUUCAAAUUGCCAUCCCUUGCAUUAAUUUUGUAAAUCCCCUGUCAUCGCUUCCAUCCAACGAUCUUGAUGUACAAUACAAGUGCAAUCCCGCGAGUAGACGUCCGUCCUGUAUGUAAGCACCGGGCGGACCCAAGGGUGGGAAGCGCUGUUCCUUUCCCUCGUCGGUCGGGCAGUGGGUGAGGUGUUGCUUGCUGCGUUGUUGCCGAGUCACGGAUAUGUUGGAGGUGUACGUACGUUCCGGCGAGCUCCACAUCUACCCCGAUCGACAGCGACCGGCGCAGGCUGCGGAACACAUGUCAACUUCUCUUGGCCGGCCCUGGGUUGUAGCUUUCGGCUACAGUCUCGCUUUCAUUCACUACUUUCCUCUUUUGUUUUCUUCUCUGCUGUCUGCUGUCAUGUGGUGUCUGUCUUCUCUCUAUCUUGUCUUUCUUUUUAGAUAUUUUCUUCAUUGUGGAAUGCCGUGGUGGUACAGACUCUUGUUUGCAGGUUAGGUCAGGAAAUAACGAUGGAUCUCUUUCAUGGAUAUCCAAAUCAGCCACAAGUUAUGUAAACUCCUCCUCACUCUUUGUUCUUUAGCUUCGAGAGGUUGCCAAUAACUUUUCAUUAAAAAAAAAUAAAGGGGUAAAUGUCAUAUUUUGUUACUGGGAUUACUAUAUCAUGUUAUGUUUAGUCAUUGUAAAAAAUUAAUAUCAAUUUUGAUCAUUCGAAUAACUAAAACAUGUCACAUUUAGUAAUCUCAGUGGCCAAAUAUGGUAUUUAGUAUUUACCCCUAAAUUUUUAACUUUACAACCAACUUUUAUAUAAUUGGCUCAAAAUCUCCAACAGCAUCACGUUUGAUGCUUGAAAUCAUGCAUAUAUGUUACCAACAUGAUAAGCUUAACAGGUACGGAUCCUGAUUCGAGCUUUCUGUAUUCGAUCUUUUGCAGACGUGUUGAGUCUAUGGAGAAGAAGGGGUGGGGUGGUCUUUUGGCGAUCGAUACCCGGACAAUCCAAAAAAUAUCAUAUUAUCAUAUGAAUAUGAAGAGCAAUGGCGGACCCAGAAACUUUAUUAAGGGUAUUCAACGAUAGACCAAAAUCACUAAGGGUUGUCAAAUAGUAUAGUAUCUCAAUACUAUCACCACUAAAACAAAAUUUUACAAAAAAUUUUUGUCCCAAAUUUAGACUAACUUGGGUCCUCCCCUGAUGAAGAGUCGAGCAGAAAAGAGAGUUUUAGAGAGUCCAAGUGCGUAUGUAAUAGUGAGGAGAGGAGAAAAAUCAUUUUAUCAUGGAGGGAUUAGUUCGCCUUUAUAUUUGGAUCCAUGUGUAUAUAGUGAAUACUAGCUAUCAUUCGCCUCGAUCUAGUCAUGCUAACAUUCACAAAAUCUAAUGAAACUCGAAUAUAAAUAGAUGUUUGAUUUAAAAUUAAACCCUAAUUCAUUACGAAAAUAAAAUUCUUAUGGAUCCCAAUACUAAAUAAUUAAAUAUAACUGUAUGCAAGUGGACUAAAGAUGUGUUUAGAUCUUGGAAAUCCUGUUAAAGAACAGAGAAAACCCAAUCACAUGAAUAUAACAGCUCCCUGAACAAACAAAAAUCCCAAUAAUAUGUCGAUCAAUUCAUAUAAUUAUAUUAUAUUCAAACGACAAGUGAAUAAAUAAAGAAGAAAAGGAGAAAAGAAAAAAAAACAAACGGAAUAACACACGUGCUGCGUCUCCGUGGAUUCGACGCCGGCCGGCGACUUGUACGGGUCGGGUCACGGCGAAGGGGAGAAAACGGAAACCCGGUAAGACAGACAGUCACCUAACCCGACAACGUAAGACCAAUUACCGCGAGCGAGCUACCAAAAUAAAUAUCUUGCAAGCGCUCUUUCUCUCUCUCUCUCUCUCUGGUCUCAGAAAGCCACAGAGACCACUUUCCACCUCUGCGUUUCUACAGCUUUCCUUCUUUCUCCAUUCUUUGAACAAAGCCGAAGCAUUUCUCGUAUUCAUUUUCUCCUUGUCGUUUGGUAUCUGUCUCCAAUGUUGGGUUCCUUUUGAAGAGGGUUAGCUAAGGAAUAAUCAGAGUGAACAAACACUACCCGCCACUUCGCCGAAUCUCUUUUGACUUCCUUCCAAGCUGCCGCCACCAGGUUCGUGUUAAAAGAGAGGAUAAGCUCUCUGGAUUGUCUCUCGCCCGCCCUUGUCCUUUCUUUUCACCUCUUUUUGGGAAAAUUGCCGAGGAGAAAACGAGUUUCAGUUCUAUUGGGGGUCUUUGAU